AUUAUCCGAUGUAUGUGCAGGAGAUAUAGUUACAGAACAACAGUGCCAAAAUUGGUUUGCAAAGUUUCGAUCUGGCAGUUUUAAUAUUGGAGACGCAGCACGUUCUGGAAGGCCAGUUAAAGCUGACGAAGACACAAUAAAGGCAUUAGUUGAUGCAAACCGGCGAAUAACUAUACGUGAAAUCAUUGAGAAGUUAAGUUUAUCAAAUUCGACCUUUCACGAUUAUUUAAAACAACUAGGUUUAAUCUCUAAGCUCGACAUAUGGGUCCCCCACGUUCUUACGGAAAGAAAGUGCCACCGCGUUGACGUCUGCGAUUCACUCCUUAAACGACAAAAAAAUUAUCCAUUUUUGAAGCGCAACAUAACUGAAGACGAGAAGUGGGAUGUGUACAACAAUGUGAAACGCAAGAAAUUAUAGAGCAAAAAAGAUGAACCGGCUCAAACCCAAUAUUCGUCAAAAUAGGGUGAUUCUAUCUGUUUGGUGGAAUUUUAAAGACAUUUUUUUUAAGCUUUUACCGGACAAUAGAACGAUUACUUCAGAGGUGUACUAUCAUCAGCUGGACAAACUGAAUUAUUCACUUAAGCUGAAACGGCCAGAAUUGAUGAAUCGAAACGGUGUUGUGUUACCCCAAGAUAAUACGAGACCACAUACAAGUUUAGUAACUUGCCAAAAGCUUUUACAGCAUGGAUGGGACAUAUUGCCACAUCCGCCAUAUUCUUCAGUUCUGGCACCAUUUGAUUAUUAUUUAUUCCGAUCACUAAAGAAUUUUUUAAACGGUGAUGCCUUCACUUCAAACAAGGAGAUCAAAAUUCGCUUUUUGCCAACAAAGAACAAAAAAUUUUAUGAACGUGAAAUCAUGUUACUACGAGAAAGAUGGCAAAAGAAAAAAAGAACGGAAUUACUUCCCGAACAACGCAACACUUCUUCUUUUUUGUACUGCACUUUACUUUUAAUACAUAUAUUGUACGAUACAUAUAUUUAUGAAAAAUUAUCUACUUUUAUAAAACGUAGGUCCAUAUUGUAUGAUUACAGAAGCUUUCACAUCGUUUAUGUUUUAAACUCUUGUUCUCCCACUACUGUAUAAUGUUUGUGCACUAAACCAUCAGUAUAUCCUAAAAAAAAUGAAGAGGUUACAAAAAGAAAACGUAAAUUUAAAAUUGAAAUUCCUAUUUCAUAAAAUUAAAUAAUCACUUCAUUUUGAAGGAAAAUUUGUCAACAUCGACACUGCUGUAACUUGAUAAACAGUUUUGCAAUAGUCUACGUAGUAUGUAUGCAAUAUGCAAAAGUCUACAUAUUUUAAAGGGAAAUACAUAAUAAAAUUAUGUAUAUCAAGCUUAUUACAUGAAUUGAUUUCUCAGAACAUUCUGCACAGAAUAGUGUUCGUAUACUAUAUAAAAAAGAACAGCAAUUCGUAAAAUAUUUGAAAAUUUGUAUGAAAUGCUUCACUUUUAAACAAGAAAUA